GUGUAAAUUAAUCUACCUUAUCGGGAAGUAGUUUGAAUGGUUAUUAUAGCCAUUAUCGAUCAUCAGAAAGGGGUAUUCGCGUUUAUACAGUUGGUAUUUUAACUCCAUACCUGAACAUUUACUUAAGAAAUAUAUUUCUGAAGAGCUUAGUGUGAAAUUAUGGACUUUUAGUUGAACGUGAACGGUCCGUGUCUACCAUUGUGUGUGUGUGACAGCGAAGGGCUAUCAUUUGAAGUCUACAACUGGCCCGGAAAGCCCAUUCAGGCAUGUAAUGUACAGUACAUACGUUAACUGAACGGCGUCUUGGGUUGAGAGACAGUGGAGUUUAACAGGACUUAGUUAACAUAGUUGAUAUGAGAAGAGUUGUUUAAUUAGACCGUAAUAUAAUUUAAGUAUGCAAAACGGUGUUUUCGAAAUAGUUGUAAGGUAUUAAGUGUAUCGAAUUUCUAGGAUUUAAUAGGCAACCGCGUAUGACAAGGUAAACCAUCCCAGCUAAAUACAUAUUUAUUUCGCUUUUCGUGUUUAAGGCGUUGACAUUGGAAAAAAAGAAUUAAGCUUUCGAAGUUUUGUGAACAAAAGGACUGAACAGAAGAUCUAGAGUCGUUAACUUUUUUACUCAGUGAAGCAACUGAUGGUGCUUGCUAAAGACUAUUCAGAACAUUGACUAAGAAAUAAAGAGCAACAAGUGCAGACCGCUACUGAUCGAUUGGAAAUUGUCAGAGGAUAUCCCUACCUGGGACCAACCUAGGAUACACACCUCUCCUCCCAAAUACACCACCAGCACUGCCACAGAGAUGGGGUGGACCUGCUGUGCCACCUCCUCCAUCGCCUUCACCUUUACCGGGCUCUUCCUGAUGGCCGUGGGCUUCUCCAUUCCGUUUUGGCUCAGCUACUCCCAGCCUGUGACAGAAAACGGUGCCACGCGCACCUACAAUCUAUACAUGGGCACGUGGUACCUUAUGGCGUGCGAGAAAGGCGAGAGCAACUCGUGCUCCUCCGAGCCCAUAGAGCCCAAGUUUAACUCCAGACUCAACUCCUUGGGCUGGGAUUUUAACGGGACCACCGCGGAAACACUAGCAAAGUCCGGGGCCAACGCCUUAGGAUCGUAUGUGUACUGGUGGGCGGUGCAGAUAUGCACCACUGUCGGGCUUGGCCUCGUCCUCCUCGCGGCCCUCGUGCUCCUCUGUUGCCGCUGCGCCGGCAUCCACUCCAGGGGGUUCUUCGUCAUUUCCGGUCUCAUCAUGCUGCUUGGAAGUAUUCCUAGUUUGGCGAUAUCCAUCCUUCAGCCUAUAUUGAUCGCGUUGGUGUUCAGUAUCCCUGGAUACAGCGUGACCGCAGAGACGUUCCCCUGGUCCGUGCUCCUGUUCGGGUUUGGUAGCCUCAUCUCCAUCAUCGCCGCCAUCAUGGUCCUCGUCGUCUCCUGUAAGUGGCGUGACUACGGGGAAUACCGCGAACAAGACAAGGAAUCCAUUUCCGAGGACGAACGGCCUGUAUCCCCUAGUGGUAUCGAAAUGAUGUCACGCUCACAACCAAAUUACGACCGACCACGUUUGCCCCCUAGCAACGGCCAACGAAACGGAUAUGACCGCCGUCCAGACUACGGCGGCUUCUCGAAGUCAAAGAAAUACAGAGACCCGUAUGAUGACAGGUCGCGCGACCGUGACUAUGGAAGAAGUUUAGAUCGCGGUAGCCGGAACCAGGGGUAUGAGGGAUAUGAUAGGGGACACUACCCGCCACCCAGUUAUGAGAAGAGUGAUACCGGCGGGAACUCGCUCUCCGCCUCCCGACAAGAUAAUAUGUACCGACCAUAUUCACAAUAUAAAUAUUGAUACGGGAUGUAGUCUAGUUCCGGUGUAUCAUUGUCCGCGUAGAAUUUGUAAUUUUAUUCGGACAUCUCAACGACAUUUAGUCGCAAUGCAAUGUUUCAUGCACUUUUGCGUGUAUUUACAAACAAGGAUACGAAAUACCAGUGUGAUAUAGGAGCCUCAUUAACCAUCAUAUUCUGCUUUCAAGUGUCAGUGGCAUUACAUCGAAACAUUUACAUGGAUAUAAAACAGUAAGUUUACGCGCCGUUGUGAAGUAUAGGACUUACAGGGAUUGACGUGCUACAUUGGUGCUCUAUGCAACCGCUCACAUCCACAGAUAAAUUACAUGGGCAGUUAUAAGUGUGAUUUUAUAGUGGGUUAUCCCCCUUGAACCGAUUUGGCUGCAAAGUAUAGAAUGCAUGUAUAUAGCUACCGUUACCAUUAAUUAAUUAAAGCAACUCAACCGUCCUACACAAAGGGAAACAAUAACAAGAAAACAGGUACACCGUGAUUGAUUAUAAAACUAAGGUUUUGAUGUUUUUUUCAACAGUAAAUAACAAGCUUUACGCGACAAUGUUCGUAAAUAGCUGCAAUGUAUGCCAGACAGUUUAUGAUCUGUUAUCUGGAGGAAGAACACGUUCCAUUUAAUUUUAAUCUUUUUACCUACUGAUGUAUGCACGAUUUUAUGGACGCAUUUUUUAACCUUCAGGUAAUGUCAUGUUUACUGCAAUACACAUGCAGUAUAUCAAUUAUAAUAAACAGCUUUAUAGUUAGCCUUAGAACAAAAAAGUUAACACUACAAAGUUCGUUUCGUAAACUUCAAAUUUUUGUUGGCCUUCAUUUUUCGAGGCCAUCCCUAACGCGACACAGUGUAGUUACUUACUUCUGAAUAAAUGACGGACGGGCAUAGUACCCUA